UAGUCUCUACCUACCCUUAAGGCCUUAACCCAACAAAUUUCAAAAACCAAGAGAAGAAAAAGGGUUGAAGAUUUUAACUCCACCUCGGCAUCAUUCCUGACUCCUCUUCCAUCCGUCUGAAAACACACUAUAUAUAUAUCGAGCUUUCCUCUGUUGUACUCCUACGUAGUAGUAGUAGAAGUUUUUACCAUUUAACUUCUCCUUCAUCUGUUUUGGGGGUCCUAUUUCUAUCUUUUCAAUGGCGGUGAAUUCCAGAGGAAGAACGACGGAGGCCCUACUGCCCCAGAAAUGGAAAGAGAGGGAAACCAGUCCCGAACGGACCAAAGUCUGGGUCGAACCAUCCAGUAGUAAGCUUAAGGCAGCAGAGAGGAAAGUCCCCGUCGUCUAUUACCUCUGCCGUAACGGCCAGCUCGAGCAACCCCACUUCAUGGAAGUCCCUCUCUCCUCCCCCGAAGGUCUCUACCUCAGAGAUGUCAUUAACCGAUUGAACUUCCUCCGUGGAAAAGGCAUGGCUUCCAUGUAUUCCUGGUCUUCCAAACGGGGCUACAAGAACGGAUUCGUGUGGCACGAUUUGUCCGAGAGCGAUUUCAUCUACCCGGCCAGUGGCAAAGAGUACGUUCUCAAAGGAUCGGAGCUUCUCGAAGGCGCCUCCCUCAUCUCCAAAUCCGACGAGUCCUUCUCUUCCAGUUUCAGGAGACCGCCGCCGGAGACCAGACCCUCCGGCGACGAUUCUGAUUUUCCGGCCGCGGUGACGCGGCGUCGGAACCAGUCCUGGAGCGCCAUAGAUCUCCACGAGUACCAGGUCUACAAGGCCGAGUCGCCCGGCGAGUCCUCCGCCGCCGCCGACGCGUCCACUCAGACCGACGACAAACGACGCCGUCGCAGACCUAUCAUAGAAACAGAAGAUGAGGAGAGAGAACACAAGAAAGAAGAAGAGAGCACCGAGUUGAGCAGAGAGGAGAUCUCUCCGCCGCCAUCGGAUUCGAGCCCCGAAACCCUAGAAACCCUAAUGAAGGCCGACGGCCGACUGGUCCUGUGUCCGCCUGGAGAGAUCGGCGCCGAUCGGACGACCGACAACCAUCAUCCAAGCGGACGGCACAGGGCGUCGUCGGUCCUGAUGCAGCUGAUCUCGUGCGGCUCGAUCUCGUUCAGGGACUGCGGGGCGACGUCGGCAAAGGACCCUCGGUUCUCGUUGAUCUCGCACUACAAGGGGAGGGUGCCGCGUGGAGGUGGGGGGAGGGAUCAGGUGGGGAAGGGAGCAGAGGAGGGCAAUGUGGAAAACCCUAGGUUUCAAGAAGUGAUUGGGAGGGGGAACAAUAAUGGUAAAAGUAAGAUGGAAGAUAAGGAGUACUUCAGUGGGAGCUUGGUAGAGACAAAGAAGGAGGAAUUUCCAAGCCUCAAGAGGUCUUCUUCUUACAAUGCAGACAGGACAUCACAUUUGGAGCUAACAGAUAAAGGGACAGAAGGAAUGAGAGCCAGGUGCAUACCAAGAAAGCCCAAGACCCCAACCAACUGAGAUCGAAGAAGGCAGUGUUAAUGAGGUCUGCUAUAUAGUAGUACUCCUCCACUAUUAAUACUACUAGUAUUAAGUUGCAAGUAAAUAGGGAAAAUUAUUCGCUGUCCUAGAACACCUACAACUGGCAAGAAACAGGUGGUCCAGUCCAAAUCCUUUUCUUAGGACGUCUGGUUUUACUAAUACGCAGAAAAAAAGGUAGGUUUUGGAGUAAAAGUUGCAAUGAUUUGAUUCAUAUUGAGGGAGAGAGAGGUGACAAACAUGGAGUAGGGCAGGAGAUAAUAUGUGGGGCAGUUGACUUGCCUGUCAGGGCACGGCGAAUCGCGUAAACUGAUGGCAAAAGUGGAAGAUUGUUGGAAUUUGAUAUACUUUAGCUCCUUUUUUAUGUAACUUGUGGAUAAUUUGUCUCUUUUCAGUUUGGAGCUUGUGCUUAGUCUCUUUGUGGGUUGUUUAUUAGUAGUUCCUACUGACUUUUGAAAUAUGUUUGGCUUAAACCACGAGCCUUUUCUUUUGUCACUUCAUCGAAUAAAAUGGUUUGACCUCCUAACUCGGGGAGGUCUCAAAA